AUUUUAACACGCAUCACUUGGCCUGGUGCCCUGGUCUCUUACAAAAACCCGAAGUCCCUCUUCUUCCCCUCUGAUUUCUCCAUUGCCUCUCAAUCCAGCAACAAACAGCUCGAUAGCUGGAUCUCUCUAGCUCUUCCGAUCUGUAACAAUGCCUCUCAGACUCGAAAUCAAGAGGAAACUUGCUCAAAGAUCGGAGAGAGUGAAAUCUGUAGAUCUGCAUCCUUCAGAGCCAUGGAUCCUAGUCAGUUUGUAUUCAGGAACUGUGUGUAUUUGGAACUAUCAGUCACA